AUGAACAUUGCGCAACCCAUUUCUUCCGAGGUCGAUGCUGUCGACUUUACUUUCCUUUCUUCAAAGGAGAUCCAAGCCAUCUCAGUCAAGCGCAUCGAAAAUGACAGCACCUUUGACAGCUUGCUCAAUCCCGUACACGGAGGUCUCUAUGAUCCCGCCCUCGGAUCAUGGGGGGACGAACCCCUAGUUUCAUCGAGCUGCCCGGGUCAUCCAGGGCACAUCCAGUUACCAGCGCCAGUCUACCACCCCGUCUUCAUGGACCAGGCAUACCACUUGCUUCGAGCAGCUUGUGUAUACUGUCGAGGUUUCCGACUGCCAGCCAAAGACCUGCACAAGUACAUGUGCAAACUUCGCCUCUUACAGCACGGCCUCAUUCGCGAAGCAUAUAUCAUCGAUGCUCUUGGCGAGACGGAUUGGGCCGAGAUGGGCGAAGCACUUGGCCUAGAUGAGAGCGAGGCUGAGGAAGAAAAUUCCUCGAUUGACGCCAUCACACGAAAAAGGGAACAGUACGUCCAACAGUGCCUCCGAGGAGGUGCGCGUCGACGAGGUGACGCUAGGAAGGGGAAACAUGAGGGCAUGGCCCAAGCUCGCCGAGAAGUCAUCAAACAAUUUCUCUCUGAAAUAACUAAAAGAAGGGAAUGCGCUUCAUGCACAGGAAUUUCACCGCCGUACCGAAAAGAUCGAUUCGUCAAGAUUUUCGAGAAGUCGCUGUCACCCAAGGAGCGAGCAAAAAUGGCCCAGAGGAGGUUGGAACGGAAGGAUGCAAUGACCCGCCGUUACGAUGCCAAAUUGGAGACGAGAAGGGAUGCUGAAGACUCCGAGGCCGAAGAAAUUGUUGAUACACCAAGCGAUGAAGAAAUGGGAGAAGCAGAUGAUGGUGGCGCAGAGUCACAGAGAUACAUUAGUCCUAUGGAGGUGCGGGCUCGUCUCAGCGAGUUGUUCAAAAAGGAGCAAGGCCUUGUUUGCUUGUUGUACAACUCGAAACCGCGCACUAGAAGCUCCCCUGAGGUCACCCCAGACAUGUUCUUCAUCACCACCAUUCUGGUGCCGCCGAAUCGUUAUCGACCUGAAGCCCGCAUGGGAGACUCCCAAGUAACCGAAGCGGAGCAGAAUUCGCUUUACAAGUUGAUUCUGCGAGGCUGCUCCAAGAUAGCUCGAGUGUACUCUGUUUUGAAAGCCGAAGAGCACGCCGACAUUACCCAAUUGCAUCAGGCCUGGGCAGAGCUUCAAGAGGCGGUCAAUUCACUCAUUGAUAAGAACAAGAAUCCUGUACAGGGCGCGGCAGCGAAACGCAACGAAGAUGGAAUCAAACAGAAACUGGAAAAGAAAGAGGGUCUUUUCCGAAAGAAUAUGAUGGGGAAGCGUGUCAACUACGCCGCCAGAAGUGUCAUCUCCCCUGAUCCAAAUAUCGAGACAAAUGAGAUUGGUGUCCCGCCAGUUUUCGCCCAGAAACUCACCUUCCCGGAGCCCGUCACAAGUCAUAAUUUCAGAGACAUGCAACAGGCCGUCGUCAAUGGUGCCAAUACGUGGCCUGGUGCUGUUGCCAUUGAGAACGAGAAUGGUCAAGUGCAAAUGCUUAAAAACAAGUCCGUCGAUGAGCGCAUAUCGCUAGCUAACCAGUUGCUUGCCCCAACAAAUCCCGGCGCAGUAAAGAUAAGGAACAAGAAAGUAUAUCGCCAUAUAACAAAUGGCGACGUCGUGUUGAUGAAUCGUCAGCCCACGUUGCAUAAGCCCUCCAUUAUGGGACAUCGAGUUCGGGUUUUGCCAGGCGAAAAGACAAUCCGCAUGCAUUAUGCUAAUUGCAACACAUACAAUGCUGACUUUGACGGAGACGAGAUGAAUAUGCAUUUCCCCCAAAACGAAAUUGCUCGGGCCGAGGCGCUACACAUCGCGGACACCGACCAUCAGUAUUUAUCCGGAACGCAAGGAAAGCCGCUACGGGGUCUCAUCCAAGAUCACAUCUCGAUAUCUAUUGCCCUAUGUAGUUGCGAUACCUUUUUCAGCCGCGGCGACUAUCAUUCGCUGGUCUACAGUGCAGUUAGGCCAGAAAGCGGUCAUAUCUCCGGGGAGAGGAUUCAGCUAGUCCCGCCAGCCGUUGUUAAGCCCGUACCGCGAUGGACUGGGAAACAGGUCAUCUCGACGAUACUAAAAAACACGCAGCCGAUAAACUAUGGCGCCCUCAAUCUACGAGGAGAAUCGCAGAUCAAGGCAGACCAAUGGGGAUCCAAGUCUGAACAGGGCACUGUGCUGAUCCAAGACGGUGAAUUCGUGACUGGAAUUCUCGACAAGUCCCAAAUCGGCCAAAGCUCGGGUGGUUUGAUCCACGCCAUUCAUGAAAUUCACGGCCCCGCGAUCGCGAGCAAGCUUCUCAGCGCCCUUGGUCGACUUCUCACUCGAUAUCUUAACAUGCGGGCCUUCUCGUGUGGUGUUGAUGACCUGAAACUCACUGCCAAGGGCGAGGAAGCCCGGCGGCAAGAGCUCCAAGCUAUUAACCGAGUCGGUCUUGAAGUUGCCUCGAAGUAUGUCUCGCUCAAGGACGUUUCUGACGGUCAAAACCCGGUACUUUUGGAGCGUCUUGAGGAGGUUCUCCGCGAUGACACGAAGCUAGAAGGUCUGGAUCUCUUGAUGAAUCAUACGACAAGAGACAUCACAGACAAGGUCCAGAAAGUCUGCAUUCCUAACGGCCUGGAGAAGCCGUUCCCGCGAAAUCAGAUGCAGGCAAUGACAACAUCUGGAGCCAAAGGGUCCAGGGUCAACGCGUCGCUCAUUUCAUGUAACCUGGGGCAGCAGGUCCUGGAGAGCAGGCGAGUGCCUAUUAUGGUGAGCGGUAAAUCGCUGCCUUGUUUCAAGCCAUUCGAGACCAACAUUACGGCCAACGGCUAUAUCGGCAGCCGAUUUCUUACAGGCAUCCGUCCGCAGGAAUACUACUUUCAUCACAUGGCGGGGCGAGAAGGGCUUAUUGAUACAGCCGUGAAAACAUCGCGUUCUGGGUAUUUACAGAGAUGCGUCAUCAAGGGCUUGGAGGGUCUUAUGGUAGCAUACGACACAACCGUGCGUGAUGCAGACGGCUCUAUCAUCCAGUUUCUGUACGGCGAGGACGGCUUGGAUGUCACAAAACAAACCUAUCUCAAAGAUUUCGGCUUUAUUCUGCGGAAUGUCACGUCCGAAGUGGCCCAGCUCAGAUAUGACGCCCAAGUGGUCAGACGUCUCGGUGUUAAUCGAGAGUCAUUUACAAAGUACAUGAAAAGCGCAGUGAAACACUCGAAACCCGGCGAUCCAAAGGGAAGAGACCCGCUUUUAAGCGCGUUUAACCCGGCAACGAAUGCAUUCGUUUUGUCUGAGGCCUUCUACAGUGCCAUGUCAUCUUAUUUGAAGGCGAAUGCAGAUGGCCUCGUUCGCGAAAAGGGUGACAAGUCAGCGUCAGAUUCGUCUUACUCACUGAACAGGAAGAAUGCCGAGGUUCUGUUUGCCAUGAAGUACUUGCAGUCACUGGUAGAGCCCGGCGAGGCAGUUGGUAUUGUCGCAGGCCAAUCCGUGGGCGAGCCAUCGACACAAAUGACCCUCAAUACGUUCCACUUGGCGGGACAUGCGGCCAAGAACGUCACAGCAGGUAUACCUCGUCUGAGAGAGAUUUUGAUGACAGCCUCCAAGGACAUUUCUACACCAGCCAUGUCUCUUUAUCCUAAUCAGAGUCUUUCCGCCCGCGAAGCCGAGACGUUUACCAAUUCAAUCAGUGCUCUUCCUCUAUCGUACAUUUUGGAUAGCGUUGUCGUGGAAGAGAAGGUUGGCCGUGGCAAAAAUUUUGAUCUGGCCAAGAUCUACCAUAUCAAAUUCAAGUUUUUCCCUCCACAGGAUUAUUUCGAAACUUACCAUGCCAGCAUAUCUGAUGUUCUGGAUGCCGUGGAGAAAAGACUGCUGCGCUCCAUUGUUAAAUUCUCGAAGGCCGAAGUGAAGAAGAGAGCCAAUGAUGCCACAGCAGCUACACCCGAUAUUGGAGUCAAGGUCGGAGUAGUGGAGAUGGCUGCUGCACCAGCUGGAACUGUCAAUGAUGAUGAUAAUGGUGGCGACGACGAUUUUACCUCAGUCAAGCAACGGGCUAAUCGCCUCGAAGCUGUGUCAUACGGGCCAAAUGAUGACGCCGAUGAUGAAAUUCAGCAGGCAAUGGAUGAAGGUGAGGCGGCCGACGAGUCGGACUCGGAAAAUUUGGACGAGAGCUCACCGACGGCAAACGAGAAUUGGGACGAAAAUGCGGAGCGCGAUGAGACCGAAUCAACAAAGCCCCGAGCGGAGCGCGUCCUGGAAAGCUUUGCAGAGGUGACAAGUUUUGAGUAUGACGAAAAAGUCGGGGACCGGUGCAGUGUGACGCUCGAGUUCGAUGUGACAGUGCCGAAGUUUCUCAUGCUCAAUGUCGUCCAAAAAGCUGUCAAGAAGACGAUGGUCAGGGAAAUUCCUGGCAUCGGGGCUUGCAGAAUGGAAGAUGAGAGCAGCACGGGGGCAAAGGAGCGGGUCAUUCACGUCACUGGGGUCAAUAUCCAGGCAAUUCAAAAGUACAGAGAUUACAUCGACCCGAACAGGAUUCAGACCAACGAUAUCGCCGCUGUGCUAUCCAUGUACGGUGUCGAGGCAUGCAGGAGCAAUAUCGUCCAGGAGCUUGCUGGCGUGUUCAGUUCCCAUGGCAUCAAAGUUGAUUACCGGCACUUGAACCUCAUCGCGGAUUAUAUGACGAGGAAUGGUGACUUUACAGCUUUCAGCCGCAUGGGUCUAAGGGGCAACGUCAGCCCCUUUACCAAGAUGAGCUUUGAGACGACACUGGCAUUCCUGAAGGACGCGGUGUUGGACGGGGACUGGGACGAGCUGGCGACACCCAGCGGCCGCCUCGUCAUGGGACGACUAGGGAAGCUAGGCACUGGUAGUUUUGACGUGUUGACAAGUCUUCCGACGCUGCAUUUGGACUCUUUAGCAUGA